AUAUAGUGAAUGCAGGGUUCGGGGGUACCAGAUAUAGUGAAUGCAGGGUUCGGGGAGACCAGAUAUAGUGAAUGCAGGGUCCGGGGAGACCAGAUAUAGUGAAUGCAGGGUCCGGGGAGACCAGAUAUAGUGAAUGCAGGGUUCGGGGAGACCAGAUAUAGUGAAUGCAGGGUCCGGGGGAGACCAGAUAUAGUGAAUGCAGGGUCCUGGCAGAAUAGACAUGCUAUAUGUCCAUUGCAAUAAGACACACUUA